AUGGCUGUUGUUGUGCCUUCAAUACUCAAUUCAACUUCGGUGCUUCUUGCAUUAACUAUUAUCAUCCAAGGAGUGGAAGGAAUUGGUGUUAAUUACGGCACGGUGGCAAACAACCUUCCUCCACCGGCUCAGGUGGCAAAAUUUUUAUUACAUUCGACUAUAAUUAAUAGGGUGAGACUCUUUGAUGCCAACCCUGAAAUUUUACAUGCCUUUGCUGACACUGGGAUAGAGGUAACCAUAACCGUCGCUAAUGAUCAAAUUCCCCACAUAACUAAUUUAACUUUUGCUCAACAAUGGGUCAAAACCAAUGUCCAACCUUUUAUUCCUGCCACCAACUUGAUCAGAAUUCUAGUAGGCAACGAAGUGUUAUCCACAGCUAACAAACUGCUAAUCAGCAACCUCGUACCUGCCAUGCAAACCCUUCAUGCAGCCCUUGCGGCAGAAUCAUUAGACAACAGAAUCAAAGUGUCCACACCACACUCUCUGGGCAUUUUGUCUAACUCAAGCCCUCCAUCUAGUGGCAAGUUUAGGCAAGGCUAUGACACCCAUGUGAUCAAACCAAUGCUUAGCUUUCUCAAAGAUGCAAAUGCACCCUUCAUGGUUAAUCCAUACCCUUUUUUUGGAUGCUCUGAAAACACCCUUGAUUAUGCACUUUUCCGUGCCAAUGCUGGUGUCUUUGAUGAUAACACUAAGCUUCAAUACACUAGUAUGUUAGAUGCACAACUUGAUGCUGUCUAUUCGGCAAUGAAGGUUUUGGGCUUCGAAGACGUUGAGAUUGUUAUUGCCGAAACGGGCUGGCCUUCGGUGGGUGAUCCGGCCCAAAUUGGUGUGGACCCAAAGAGUGCUUCUGAAUAUAAUGGAAAUCUCAUACGCCAUGUCACUUCUGGGGUUGGAACACCUCUCAUGCCUAACAGAACUUUUGAUACGUAUAUUUUUGCUUUGUUUGAUGAAAAUUUAAAGCCCGGCCCAACGUGUGAGAGAAACUUUGGACUCUUCUGGCCUAAUAUGACUCCUGUUUACAACGUCCCAAUAAUGAGGAACUCUGUACCUUUCGUUGCUAACAAUCAUUCUAAAGCAUUUUUGUCACUCAUGCUUGUGUUAAUCUUGAUUUGUGCAUGGGUUUAA